AUAUUCAAAAUUUUCACAUAAAUAAAUCUAAAAAUACCUAUUACAUCUUUAUUGAUGAAAACACCCAGUAUAUCAGAUAGAUAAUCACCAUCUGCUUUACAAGAAAUAAAAAAAAACAUGUUUUGAACUUUGCACGUUUCGUUUAAGAUUAAAGUUUCGUUCGGUGUUAUUGCAUACUCAACCACGUUUUUGAAAGUGCUAUUUUUUAAAAGAUAAUGAAAACUCAAACGAUUUACGUUUUUGGAACAAUUGUUGGUGCCGGAAUUCUUUACGCGGCGUAUAAAAAAUUAAAAGUGCGCGAGAUCGUGUAUGAAAUACCAACGAAAUGGAGAGCCAUCGGAAAAUUGCAGUCUUUACAUAUGCACAUUUUAAAAAACGGGCAAGAAUAUGAAAUUAGAGAGGGUGUUUGUACGAAAUAUGGGUUGGUGAAGAAAAUUAAUGGGGUUGAAUGGAGAGAUCAGAGUAUUUUAGUGUACGAUCCGAAAUCGAUGGAAAUCAAAUCAUCCCAACAAUACCCGGUUAUCCUAACAAUAACAGUUAAACCCAUGCCGUGGAAAAAAUUCGGGUUAAGCUCCCCAGAUCAAGAAGAAAUCUUAAUCAACUUACCCGAAUUAAUCGAACAAACCAAAUUAAACAUUCCAAAUAAAAAUUGUUGGGAUUGCGGCGACGAAGCGGCAAAUUUCAUCUCAAAAAUCAUCCCGAAACAAAUCGAGGGGCUAAGAUUGUGUUACCACGAUUACUCAAAAUCCACCAACACCAUUUAUCAUUUAAUCAACAAAAAUUCUGUUGAAACUUUGAAUAAACAGCUGGAAAUUCCCGUUUCGGAGCAUUAUUUUCGCCCGAAUUUCUUCGUUUUUGGGCAUCAUAUACAACCGUGGGAGGAGGAAUCUUGGAAGUGGGUUAAAAUUGGAGCCGCUGUUUUUAAAAAUUUAAAAAGUUGCGAAAAAUCCAAAGAAGUUGGGGAUGAGAAAACCAAAAAGAAGGUUGAAUUGUUGAAGAUGAAUAAAAAGAAUCAUUGUUGUGAUGGUUGCCCCGAAGUCGGAAUUUAUUUGGAAACUUAUAUUGAGGGGAUAGUUCACGUCCACGAUCAAGUAUUUGUUAAUUAAGGUUUUUCUCUUUAUAUAUUUUUAAUUAUAACUCAAUAAGAUUUAUUAAAUCAACAAAAUGAA